CGUUCCACUACAUUUGAACGGAAUACGCUAGACGCCAAAGCGAGUGCAAUAAGCAGAAGUAAAAAGCAGAUAAUAUAAUUGUCAACAAAGGAUAAAAAGGAAAGUUUGCAGAGGAAGAAAGCCAAGAGCCAAAAAAAAAAAUCAAAACAUUUCGGUCAAUCUCGUGAAGGGGAAAGUUCAGUGAAAGUGAAUGGAAGUUUUGUUUACACGGCAAAUAAAGUGCCCGCAAGAAGAAAAAAAUAAAUUUAAUAAUAAAAUUGAGUUGCCUGCGAUAAAUAGAAAAUUUGGUCAAAUAAAGAGUUUGCUUACAAUUUCAAAGCUCAAAAUCAAUCAUACAUGGUGGAUGAUUAGAAUUUAUUCAAAUUCUAAGAAUUAAACAACAACCACAAAAUUCAUCUACAAAGUCUUACAGAAACUAAAAGCCAAAUAUUUCUUUUUUUCGAUUUAGGUGCAACAAAGUGAUUCCUCGCGCUUACUUGGCUUUUGAGUGUCCUUGUUUGUGCGUGGGUGAGUGAGUGAGUGUGUGUGUGUACUCGCGCAUUUGAGUUGUCAUUGUUGCUGUGAUUGAAGAGAUUUCCAUUUCAAUUAAAUCAAAAAUUCAGCACGUCUACAAAUAUGUUGACAACACAUCAUUUGCCACAUCUGCAUCAUCGAGGCAGUACGGCAGUGGAAUUGGAAAAAAUCACAAAUUUAAAUACGCUGAUUGUUGAAAUAAAUAGCCAUGUGGCUUUAUUUCGUGAUCUCCUAAUCCAUGUGGGCCAAUCCAAAGACUGUCCAGAGUUACGUGAAAAAAUUCGCAAAUUACGAAGAACCUGCGUCGAAGCCUUCAAACGUACGGAACAGAUUUUAAUGCCACAAGUAAAAAAUGCAACUGCCGAUGGCGUUCUUGCUGACAAUCCACAUCUAGUGCUGUUAUUCUACAUGGCUCAAUUGUUUUUACGUGAAUUAGUGAAGAGCUAUCGUCUUAUACAAGUGGUGCCAAUGGACAUGUCAGGCUAUUAUGAAAAUCGUGCUGGACCAUCAAAUCUUGGCAAUGUCAUCAGUCAAAUAUUGCUGUGCAAACAAAUAACACCGGAUUUCAAUCAGGAGGAAUUAUGCAGCAUUACCAAGGAUUCGCAGGAUAUCGCAAUGUUGUUGUCCGAAAUGCAAGAGUUCAUGCCACAACAUGAAACAUAUCUUGAACGCCAUACAGCUUUGGACACCAAUGGACCUUGGACAAACAAAGGACGCCACAAUUAUAUUUGCAAAAAUAUGAGUUUACUUUGUUGCGUCUCGCGUCCCAAUUAUCUUUGAAAAUAAUUUGCCAGGAGAGGCCAGAAACGACAUCAUCAACAUCAUCAUUACCAAUAGCAACCAACAUUCAUACACAAACAGAAGUUAAACUGAAGAGAAAAAAAACAUAAGCAAACAUAAGGAAAACCUUUGAAUAACUAUGAAUAGUUACUUGUAUAUCUUUUGUGUUAAAUGGUUAAUUUGGAGUUUUGAGAUGAAAAAACGAAAACACAAUGAAAAUAAUCAAAAGAUUUUUUUAACAUUUUAAGGGGAAAAAAUGCACCAAUUAGAAGUUUAAAUAAAUAACUCAGUAAUAAGGAAGAAUAAAGAAAGAAAUGUUAACAUACACAUCAAUUAUCUUAGAGAUUUAGGUUAGGAUUAAUAACAAACACACACUCAUAAAUGGAAGCACCUACAAUUAAACUAAGAUUCAUCUCAAAUCAAGAUUCGGUUUAAUCAAUCAAUAGACGAGUUGAAUCAAAUCGUAAAAUAUUUUUGAAAGUUUCAGAAUCCUUGUUACAUUUGUGAAUCAUUUUAAACUACUUAUGUAUUAAAUGCAAUAUAUGAACUUAAUCUGAUAGCAGCUCAAGAAAUUGUACCAAAAGAUUGGGGUUUACAGAGCUUUAUUCUUUACCUUUUUUAAUGUGCCGCAUGGUUUAGAUUUAAGCUCUCUUAUACAGCUAAGUCAGAAGGAAGGGAAUUUGUGAUCAAGCGUCGCACUGUGAAACAAGCCAACAGGAAAUAAGUUUGCUAUUUGUGAACGCAUUCAGAUUCAUCCUUUUGAAAUUGGGCUAAAGCUGAGUUGGCAAGUAAAUCUGGCCAAAUCUGUCCUACUAUACAAAGGAGUUUGUAAGGUUAGAAUUAAAUUGAA